AUGGCAAGCAAAAAGUUAUUUUAUUAUCUACUACCGCAGUUAAUAAUAAUAAAUAGAAAAUUUAUAUUGCUUUAAAAUAAAUUUUAACUUGAUACAACUUUUGGCUAUAUUUAUCUUUAUCUCUAAUUUAAAUAUCUUUAAAAAUUUUCAAAAAUAGUGUAUUUUUUCAAUAAAUUUUUGUUUGAAAUGCAUCCCCAAUAGUUAAAUUUUUUUUAUAAGUUGGGAGAGCUAGAGAAGAGGCUUCUACCUUCAAAAAUCAACCCAAUGUGGAAGACAUAUCUAAAAAAGAGUCAUAAUGCCAUCGAUAGCAAUGAAAGUGUGGCUUCUCAAUAUCUUUUACUACAAAAAUCAAUUGCAAAAUACAGGAAGUCAGAAGUAGACAGAGAAGCAAUGAAAAAUAUUGUGGAAGAUCUUAAACGAAGAAAAGAUGAAUACUUAACCCAUAGGUACAGGCAACGCUAA